AUGCUUAGAGUUUCCUACAAAGACCAGAAAACAAAUGAAAAAGUUCUACAACAAGUAGAAACAAAAAGAACAUUGCUAACAAAAGUACGAAAAAGAGAAGCAGCAUUCUUUGGUCAUGUGAUGAGGAGAAAGGGGGUGGAACACUUGGUAACAACAGGGAAAUCUGUGGGUAAAAGAAGUAGAGAUGAGAUUAUAAUGGCAGGUGGUUGCAGAAAGACCAAACAUGGCUGUUGUCCUGAUGGGGUUACCCCAGCUGGACCAAACUUUUCACGUUGUCCAAAACUCCCUCUACCAGAAGGUGGCUGUGAAACAACAGAGUUUGGUUGUUGUAAAGAUGGUGUAACUCCUGCUAUUGGGCCAUUUAAGGAAGGUUGUCAGAUUGUGACCACCUGUAAUGAGACAAAAUUUGGCUGUUGUUCUGAUGGACUAACUCCUGCCCAAAACAAGAAAGGAAAAGGUUGCCCAGGUACUGAAGAAUGUAAAGAUACAACUUUUGGUUGCUGUCCUGAUGGUAUGACACCCGCAGAAGGCAAAUAUAGUGAAGGUUGCCCAGGGGUUGAAAAAUGUAAAGAUACAACUUUUGGUUGCUGUCCUGAUGGUAUGACACCCGCAGAAGGCAAAUAUAGUGAAGGUUGCCCAGGGGUUGAAAAAUGUAAAGAUACAACUUUUGGUUGCUGUCCUGAUGGUAUGACACCUGCACAAGGUGAGAACCAGUAUGGAUGCCUCAAUGAAACCAAGUGUCAAGAUUCAUUAUAUGGUUGCUGCCCAGAUGGAGUAACACUUGCCAAAGACAAAAAUCUUACUGGUUGCAUAGAAUCUUUACUUAUUAAAUGUCAGUCAUCAGAGUAUGGAUGUUGUCCAGAUAAUGCUACAAUUGCUUUAGGUCCUAGCUUUUUAGGCUGUGAUGACUUUUCUUCAGGUGAGGUAUGUGAGAAUUCCCUCUAUGGUUGUUGUCCUGAUGGUUUAACUUCAGCAUCAGGACCUGGGAAUGAAGGUUGUUUAGAAAAUGAUAUUUCUUUUAUUGUACCUACAGAGAUAGAAGGGUCUGGUGAAUGUGAAGGAAGUAAAUAUGGAUGCUGCCCUGAUGGAAUAUCAAUAGCACAAGGAUUAGAGUAUGAUGGGUGUGAUAAUAUUCAAGGGAGUGGAGAGUCAGAAGCAUGUAUUGAUAGUUUAUAUGGUUGCUGCCCUGAUAAUGUGACCAGCGCAAAAGGACAAAAUGGAGAAGGCUGUCUAGAACAAAAUGUUACAGAUAUUUCCAUUAAUUGUAUGGAUACACUGUUUGGGUGUUGUCCUGACAAUGUUACUAUUGCAGAUGGACCAAAUGGAGAAGGCUGUCUAGAACAAAAUGUUACAGAUAUUUCCAUUAAUUGUAUGGAUACACUGUUUGGGUGUUGUCCUGACAAUGUUACUAUUGCAGAUGGACCAAGUGGGGAAGGCUGUCUAGAACAAAAUGUUACAGAUAUUUCCAUUAAUUGUAUGGAUACACUAUUGGUUAAGGAUGAUACAUGCUUUGCAUGGACAAAGGAAAAUGCAAUCCAGUCCUUGAAGCCUGGAGUAGUUGAAAUACCAGUGUUGGAUUAUCCUCAUAAAUACUGCCCAUUUAUCUCGGAUAUAAAUGCCAAUGAUAGAGGAAUUGAAAUGGUUUUGUUAAGGGUACAGGAUGUUAUGGAGCAUACAAUCACAUACGAGUUUCACUAUUCAAGUGGACCAUAUGGCAUUGAAAUGGCUAAUGGACUUCAAAGAUCUGGAUUCUGA